AAAAAAGGUCAAUUUCAGCAAAGUCUUACAAAGACUCUCUCAUAGUCGCAUUCUUUCACAGUUCUUAAUGAAUGAGAGAAAUAGAUUUUCAUUUAUUUCUCCUUUUUUUCUACAGUCAAGAGAGAUAAACAGAGAUUCUAUCAUAAAAAAAGAGAGAUAAACAGAGAUCUAAGCAAAAAAAAAAGAGAGAUAAACAGAGAAAGUGACUCGGAGAGUUCCAUAAAAAUUUACGAGAUUCCAUAACUUUACAAUCGCAUUCCUUUUAUCACACACUCUCUCUCUCUGUCUUUCUCUUUCUAUUUUCUCCUUCUCUUUCUUGAAUAAUAUUUAGCCUCUUUGGUUUAAUCUUUGCAAAGCCGUUUUCCCUGUAUCUCUGUGCUUUUUAUUAUUAUUGAUUCUGGGUUUUGCUCCAAAACCCACAAGGAAGAAAGCCUUAAAACAUUCAAACCCGCCCUGUGAGAUUCUUCUUCUAUUUUCAUUGUUCUUUGUCCGAAAGUUGAGAAAAUGACCGUGGAGACGACUGUUGAUGAUCGCAGAAGUCAGUUUCCUGUUGGAAUGCGUGUUCUUGCCGUGGACGAUGACCCCACUUGCCUCAAAGUUUUGGAGACUCUGCUUCGUCGAUGCCAAUACCAUGUUACAACAACUAGCCAGGCUAUCAUGGCAUUGAAGAUGCUAAGAGAGAACAAGAACAAGUUUGACCUGGUUAUCAGUGAUGUACAUAUGCCAGACAUGGAUGGAUUUAAGUUGCUCGAGCUUGUGGGACUUGAGAUGGACCUUCCUGUUAUAAUGUUGUCUGGAAAUGGCGAUACAAAGCUUGUGAUGAAGGGAAUCACCCAUGGAGCUUGUGAUUAUUUGCUAAAACCUGUUCGAAUUGAGGAGCUGAAGAACAUCUGGCAACAUGUAAUAAGGAGGAAGAAGUUUGAUUCAAAGGACUGCAAAAAUUCUGGCAAUCAGGACAAGUCUCAUAUUGGGAAUGGUGAAGGAGGUCCAGAGUCAGCAGAAACCGGAAAUUCUGAUCAGAAUGGGAAGCUCAAUAAGAAACGCAAGGAUCAAGAUGAAGAUGAAGAUGAGGAUCGUGAUGAAAAUGAUAACGACGAUCCAUCAACACAAAAGAAGCCUCGUGUAGUUUGGUCUGUCGAGUUGCAUCGCAAGUUUGUUGCAGCUGUUAAUCAGUUGGGCAUUGAUAAGGCAGUUCCCAAAAAGAUUCUAGAUUUAAUGAAUGUUGAAAAGCUUACAAGAGAAAAUGUGGCGAGUCAUCUUCAGAAGUAUAGGCUUUACCUUAAAAGAAUCAGCUGUGUAGCAAACCAACAAGCAAAUAUGGUGGCAGCUUUAGGAAGUUCAGAUUCUUCCUAUUUGCGAAUGAGUUCUAUGAAUGGCCUUGGCAGUUACACUGCAUUAAGUGGAUCCGUGCAGUUCCAAAGUCCCGCUUUCAGAUCCUUCCCGCCUAGUGGGAUGAUUGGAAGAUUGAAUACUCCUGCUGGUAUGGGUUUGCAUUGCCUUCCUUCUUCAGGGCGGCUUCAAUUGGGUCAUCCGCAAAAUUUGAGCAACUCCACUGAUCAAGUGAAAUUCCAUCCUGCCACAGUUCUUGGAAAGCAUAAUGGGAACAUGCUUCAAAGAAUGCCAGUAUCCUUUGAACUUGAUCAACAAAAUAGUAAGGGUGUUACACACAUUGGAGAGUUCUCCACCGCUAUUGAUGACACCCCAAUUUUCCCUCUUUCCAAUGGCCUCCCAGAUGCAAAAAUAACAGGUAAUAGUUCAAACAGUGCUCUGGCUGUUUCAACCAGCUCGAUGAUGCUAGGAAACCUUCAAGAUGACCAAUGUGGAAGAAAAUUUGGUGGUCAAUCAUCUGUUUCUAUGACCUCCUUGAAAUCAGAGUUUUGUUCCCCUUUGCCUGAUCAUGGUAGAUGUACUGAGAACUGGUCGAGCUCUGCUCAGUUAUCUGGGUACCAGUCGAAUUCUUUACUUUCAGGUGACCGUUUUAAGCAGGCUAGUACACAUCCUAGCAGCUUGAGGGACAAUCUGUCUGUAAUGGCCUCGCAAAUGGGUAGCAAUCGGUUUGAUGUUUCUUCAGUAACUUCAGCCUCCACACAAUUUCAGGAUUUAAGAACUGAUAUACAGGGCCAACAAUCUGCAAUAAGCAGUAAUGCUGGGCAAACAAUUAAUGAGGCCCUAAUUCAUGGGUGGGAUAACCAGAAGCCAGAUUCCACUUAUCCUUCGAAUAUUAUGUGUAGCUCUAUGAACUCUCUGAUGCCUGUUAAUGAUGCCAUGGGUCCUUUGGAGCAGAGUUUGGACUCUAAGAAUUCGAUCUUCGAUAGAAGCAUGGAUUUCAAUUUGAUUGGACAAUCAAAUUAUGUUGAUCCUUUAAUCAUGAAGCAUGAUGAGGUUGAAAAACCAACCAUGGAGACGUCACUGAGAUCGAAGCAGGGAUACCUCUUGGACCAAAAGAGGCCACAGGGAAGUUACAUCUCUAAUACUGUUGGCUCUUUGGAAGAUUUAGUGAGUGCAAUGAUGAAACAGGAACAAGAUAAGGCAAAAUCAAUGGAAGGGGAGUUUGAUGCUUAUUCCCUGGGACCAUCAAUGUGAAUAUGCAUUCCAUGUGCAAGCAACAUGGAUUUCCAAGGAAAUUACCCUUUGCAAUGAGAUUUACCUCCUGUAAAUUUACACCUACAACUUUCGACUCUGUUUAGACUACUUUUGUUUUAGAUAGUAUUUCACUAGCGACAAUUAGCUUCCUCUCUUUGCUUUAGUUUCAGCGCGGUCAGUUUUGACAAUUAAUUGAGUAAUACUAUAAAUAACGGCUUGUUUAUUUGGUAUAAAUGAAAAGACAUUGUUGUCCGUGGGCCCAACAAAGCA